AUGGGUGAGGUCGUACACUAUUCAUGCCCUCAGAGUGACUUUGGGGAGUAUUUCCAUACCUCCUCUUCUUCGCUUUCUUCCGGCAUCGGGCAUUUAAUUGGCUGCAUUUUCAGACAUUUUGCCAACAUCAGACAGCUACAGACCCUCAUUGAUCUUCACUCCGACCUCGGGGCACUCUGUCGCUGCCACCGCGUCGACUGGGACGAGCUAGCCCUGAAGUUGGAGCGCCUGGAACGCGAUGGAAAGCGGGCCUGGGAGCACUAUCAGGUCAUCUUCAAAACGACUGAGAAGGCCUCACAUCUGGCUCAUAAGUAA